AUGGCGGACGACCAGGGAAGAACGCUGGAAGGAUGCGAAGAGGAGCAGCUCAUCAAGAGGGAGAAGAAGAAAUUCACAUCCAGCGUCUUGAUCGCCUGCGUCAUCGCUGCCAGCAGCGGCCUCAUGUUUGGCUAUGUGAUCGGCAUCUCUGGCGGUGUGUCGGCAAUGAAAGAUUUCCUGGCGAAGUUCUUCCCGUCGAUCAGCCGCGAUCCAUCGAAAGGCAGCAGUGGAUCUGGGAAUUACUGCCGGUACAAUGACCAGCUUCUUCAGCUUUUCACGUCCUCGACCUAUAUUGUGGGAUUGAUCUCCACGUUUGGGGCGUCCUACACGACGAGGGACCUGGGGAGAAAGCCGACGAUGCUCAUCGCUGGGAUUUUCUAUCUCGUGGGGACUGUCCUCAAUGCUGGAGCUCAAAGCCUUCCCAUGCUCAUCAUCGGUCGCGUCUUCCUUGGCUGUGGAAUUGGUUUUGGAAACCAGGCUACUCCACUCUAUCUUUCAGAGGUUGCGCCACCACACUUGCGUGGAGGACUUAACAUCCUCUUCCAGCUAAACAUCACGACCGGGAUCCUCAUCGCCAACUUAGUAAACUACUUCACGGCAGCAUAUCCGUGGGGAUGGAGGCUGUCCUUCGCUCUGGGAGGGAUCCCAUCACUUCUUCUCACUCUCGGGAGCUUCGUGCUCUCGGAAACGCCAAACAGUCUGAUCGAGCGCGGCUACUUGACGCAAGGGAAGCAAGUGCUUGAGAAGAUCCGGGGAACCGACCAAGUGGAGGAAGAGUUUAACGAUCUCGUCGAAGUUGGCGUGGCUUCCAGCUUGAUCAAGAACCCGUUCCGAGAUAUCAUCCGGAGGAAAAACUUGCCGCCGCUCAUCUGCGCGAUCUGCCUCCAGUUCUUCCAGCAAGCUGGUGGAAUCAACGCUAUCAUGUUCUACUCGCCGGUGCUGUUCGAGACUGUGGGAUUUGGCAGCAAUGCCUCGCUGGUUUCGACGGUGGUCAUCGGCGGGAUCAACGCAGUUUGCACUAUCAUCUCCAUGGUGGUCGUGGAUAGAUUCGGACGCAAAAUUCUCUUGCUCGAAGCUGGCGUGCAGCUCUUCAUCGCUCAAGUUGGGAUUGCGAUUCUUCUCGGCCUCGGACUAAAAGACUCGGUGAAUCUUCUCACGCCAAUGCAGGCCAUGGCGGUGGUGCUCAUGGUGUGCUUGUUCAUCUCUGGAUUUGCAUGGUCUUGGGGUCCUCUGGCGUGGCUGGUCGCCAGCGAGGUCUUCCCACUCGAGGUUCGCUCCGCCGGCCAGAGCAUCACCGUGUCCACCAAUCUCUUGUUCACUUUCGCCAUGGCGCAGUCCUUCCUCUCCAUGCUGUGCGUGCUCAAGUACGGAAUUUUCAUCCUUUUCGCGGCAUUCCUCGUCGCCAUGACGCUCUUUGCCGCAUUGCUACUGCCCGAGACUAAAGGGAUUCCAAUCGAAGAGAUGAGUGGCUUGUGGAAGAGGCACUGGUUGUGGAGGAGAUUUCUGGAUGAUUUCUCGAUGGAAAUCACGGGUGUACAAGCGAGGAGAGUUUUAUGGCCUGAAAUUUAA